CCCUCAUAUAAAUACCAACGCUACCACUGUCUUUAUGCUGCAUCUUUGGCGGCUCUAGGUUCUCUCUUCACUUGGCGCCUCUGCCUCUCCGCAGAAACCCUAACCCUCUGCACUAUACAUACUUACACACACAAACAGCUACUGUAUAACUUCUGUGUUUAUACGCAUUCGAUAAUGGAGGUUUCAAUUAGGCAAAAGAACAACCAACAAGAGUUCACUCUGGCUGCAAUUUCUGAGCUCGCUUCUACUUCUCCUUCUUCGGUUUCAUCCUCCUCUUCUUCUCUUUCUCAUUCUCUUCCAGUUAUAGCCAGGUUUGAUAUCGAUGAUGGAGUUGCGGAACUUCGUUUUCGCCAGGAAUCUGAGUCGGUUGCUGAAUUCCUUAUCGAUAUUAGAACCGCUCAGCUAUUCAAGUUAGGACCUAUUCAAUCGGUGUGCAUAUCUGAAGCAUCCAGUUCAGAUAAAGAGAAAUCAUAUUCAAGAGGAGUCACAAUCCAAUUUAGAAAUGAGGAGGAGAGCAGGGCUUUCCAUUGGGCAUUCGAGCAAUCGAAGAACGAAGUCGUUGUUCAAGCACCAUGCUUACCAAAUGGAGAGCUUUCAGCGGCUAAGAGCAAGUUCGAUGACAAAAUAGAGGCAUCCUCUGCUAAAAUGUAUUUCCAUUAUUAUGGGCAGCUGCUACAUCAGCAAAAUAUGCUACAGGACUAUGUGAGAACAGGCACCUAUUAUGCAGCGGUCAUUGAGAACCGUGCUGAUUUUACUGGCCGCGUUGUGGUGGAUGUUGGUGCUGGUAGUGGUAUUUUGUCAUUAUUUGCUGCACAGGCUGGUGCUAAGCAUGUAUAUGCUGUGGAAGCAUCUGAAAUGGCAGAAUAUGCUCGCAAACUGAUUGCUGGCAAUCCAUUGCUUGGCCAACGGAUUACAGUAAUCAAAGGAAAAGUAGAAGAAAUUGAAUUGCCUGAGAAAGCAGAUAUCCUGAUCUCUGAACCAAUGGGCACCUUAUUGGUCAACGAAAGAAUGUUAGAGUCCUAUGUGAUUGCUAGAGAUCGCUUUCUUGUCCCUAAUGGAAAAAUGUUUCCAACAAUUGGAAGGAUUCAUAUGGCACCUUUCAGUGAUGAAUAUUUGUUUGUAGAAAUUGCAAAUAAGGCCCUCUUUUGGCAGCAACAAAAUUAUUAUGGAGUUGAUCUGACACCCUUACAUGGAUCUGCAUUUGGUGGAUACUUUUCUCAGCCUGUGGUGGAUGCUUUUGAUCCGAGAUUAUUGGUGGCACCUGCAAUGUUCCAUUUAAUAGACUUCACACAAAUAAAGGAAGAAGAUUUAUAUGAAAUUGAUAUUCCCUUAAAAUUCAUAGCUUCUGUAGGCACAAGAGUGCAUGGUUUGGCUUGCUGGUUUGACGUUUUGUUUAAUGGAAGUACUGUACCGAGGUGGCUUACGACUGCCCCUGGUGCACCUACAACACACUGGUACCAGAUACGAUGUGUUCUGUCUCAGCCUAUUUAUGUCAUGGCUGGGCAAGAGAUUACAGGUCGACUCCACAUGGUUGCUCACAGUGCUCAGAGUUACACCAUUUAUUUGACACUAUCAGCGAAAAUGUGGGGCCCUGGUGCUGAGCAAGGAGGAAUACUUCAGACGUCAUCGUGCAAACUUGAUCUGAAAGAACCAUAUUAUAGAAUGUCCCAGCCACAAGCAUAUGCCACUCCACAAGAUCAGCAAACACAACAGCUAAUAAACCCACAGCAGGAUAUACAAAUUCAUGCGGAAGACUUUGAUGAACCUGAGUUAUUGCAGCAACCAUCACAAAAUUCAGGUGCUCAGUUUCAAUAAUUUUGUUGCAGGAGUGUUUCUCUCUCUAAAAACUUCACAACAAGAAUUCCUAACAUAGGGGUAUUAUUUCAGAUUGAAUUCCUUCCAGGUGGAAGGUUUUCUGCGUGCGUCCCUUUGGUCAAUGUAACCCCCUCCUGGUACUCUUUCUGGUCACUGUAUAUUAGAUCAAUAUGAUUUGAAAUUUUAUUGCC